AUGGAUGCGCUGAAGUGGCAUGUGUCCCUUCGACCUGUUGUCGACUUAUUCACGCCGAUUCUUGGUUGGAGUUUUGGCAUCGCCAUAUUAGUCACGUCAAUUAUCGGAUCGUAUAUUGUAUCACUGUUUUUGUUUCUAUUGGUGGGCUUUCUGGAGUUGAUAUUCGAGAUGCGAGUACGGGUGUCCGGUGAUGAGAUUGAGUACGACAAGCCAGCUCUAGUCGUUAUGAAUCAUCGAACGAGGAAACGUGCACUAUUUCAAAUUGUGGGCACGUUAUUUUAUGAGGCAUUAGCGGUAUCAGAAAAUUUGAUGAAACAGGAGAAGCUAUUGGAGUAUUAA